AUGUUUUAUUUCCACUGUCCUCCGCAGUUAGAGGGCACUGCACCCUUUGGCAACCAUUCCACAGGUGAUUUUGAUGAUGGGUUUUUACGGAGAAAACAACGUCGGAAUAGGACGACUUUCACUCUUCAGCAGCUGGAAGCUCUGGAGGCAGUCUUUGCCCAAACCCACUAUCCAGAUGUCUUCACCAGAGAAGAGCUAGCCAUGAAAAUCAACCUCACAGAAGCCAGAGUGCAGGUAUGGUUUCAAAAUCGAAGAGCUAAAUGGAGGAAAACAGAAAGAGGGGCUUCUGAUCAGGAGGGCUCCAAAGAGCCAAUGACUGAAGUGACCCCACCAGUGAGAAACAUCAAUUCUCCUUCCCCGGUGGAACAAACUAGAAACAAAAAGGAUACUUUGGAGGCCCAACAGAGCCUGAGUCGAACCGUGGGCCCCACAGGCCCUUUCUUCCCUUCGUGCUUACCUGGGACGCUCCUGAACACAGCCACCUACGCUCAAGCUUUGUCACAUGUUGCUUCAUUGAAAGGGGGCCCACUGUGCUCUUGCUGUGUUCCAGAUGCCAUGGGGCUCUCCUUCCUCCCGACUUACGGCUGCCAGAGUAACCGUACCGCCAGCGUGGCCGCCCUCCGCAUGAAAGCCCGAGAGCACUCAGAGGCUGUCCUGCAGUCUGCCAACCUCCUGCCUCCCACCAGCAGCAGCCCCACCCCAUCAGUCAAACCCAACCCAGAGAAUAGCCAAGACAAGACACCCCCCGCCAAGGAACAGAAUGAGGGGGAGAAGAGUGUAUGA